ACCCUAAACAACCCAAAAAACCAAAAUUUUAAAAAAAUUAUGAAAAAUUACCCCGUUAAAGAAUUUUUAAAAAAACAUUCCAAACUACUUACGGCCAACACAGAGCGGGAAAGACGCAUUUUAGAGUAUAGAGAUGUUAUUUAUUCCCGCAUUAUCGAGGAGAUAAGAAAGUAUUACCGAAGAGUGCAAAGUGGCGAUUACCGCUACGACGGAAUGCCCGAAAUUAGUCGCGGUAUUCACGAGAAAUUUCCGCCCCCAGGACCAAAUCCGGACGAACCUAACCAACCCGAGGAAAAUUUUUCUCCUCCCGUAGUUGCCGAACCAGCCAAAAGGCAAACCCCACCCCGUGACGCCCAAGGGCGUUUUAUUAAAAAAGUCGUAGCGGUUAUGGUAGACGCUCAAAAAUGGUUGGAUGAAAAAUAUCCUAAUAAGAAGGAAAUUAUAAAAAUUGAUGGAAUUAGAAAAAAACUCACGGAAAAUAAACUUACGGAAUUAACUAUUACCAAUUGCCCUAAUUUGCGAAUAAUAAAUGCUAGAAUAAAUCAACUAACCAAUCUAGAUGUAAGCAAUUGCCCCAAUUUAACAAAUCUUUGUAUUAUGUAUGACGGCCCUGGAAAAAUUGAAGAAAAUAAUUUUUUCGGCUCCUUAAAAGCCCUGGAAAAUUGUAAAGAUUUAAAAAAAUUAAAUAUUACUAACCAGCCAAACAUAAAAGGAGGAUUAGAAUUUUUACCAACCGAAAAACUUACUCAUUUUGGUUGUGAUGGAACAGAAUUUGAAGAGCAAUUAAAACCUUUUAACGGUAAUGUUAAAAAAUGGCAACUAGCUCAAAAAACCAAAAAGCCCGAAGUAAGAAAAAGUGAAAGCGGCCCCAGUCAAACCCAAGAACAGCCGACCAAAACCGAGGAAACACCGAAAAUUAACGAACAGCCGACCCCGACUGACCCGCCUAUUAUCUCGGAGCCAGAAAAAGCCCCUA